AUGAGUGCAAAAUGUGGCUUUUGUGGCGUAGAAGCAAAGUUGAAAUGCGCCGGUUGCCAGCAAGUGGUAUAUUGUAAUCCCGAUCACCAGAAGAAACAUUGGAGAGCGAAACACAAGCAUGAGUGUGCCAAACCGUAUGAGCUAGCGCAAAAUGAAGAAAUUGGCCGGUACUUUGUAGCAACAAAAGCGAUUCCAAAGGACACCGUACUCUUUACGGAAAAUCCACUUGUGAUAGGGCCGAAAUGGAAUCUGGACGAGUAUGAGCAACGUUCAGCGGUUGUACCGUGCGUGGGAUGUUUUACGGAUUGCAGUUUGGGACAGUUCUACUGUGAACUGUGCCGGUGGCCUGCCUGUAAACCUAACUGCCCAGGGCUCGAAAACUCAAACCUGCACGCGCUCGAGUGUGGCAUAUUGCGGUUUGGCCGGCCCCCGAAACCGGGUGACGAUCCGGAAACGUUCUUCGAUUACUAUCGUUACGAUGCACUGCUGGUGCUGAAAUGUGUGGCCAUGCAAAUUUGCAAUCCAAGUCUGUUUGAGCAGAUCAUCAAUCUGGAGAGUCAUUACGAGGCACGCAAAAAUACAAGCUACUAUGCCGAUGCGGACGAGCGGAUCGUGUCGUAUUUGUUCCGCAACUUUCUCGAUCCACUUCAAAAGCUAGAACGCAAAGAGGAUAAAGUUGUGCUUAAGAUGUGUGAUCGGAAAACGUUGCAUAAGAUCAGCGGAAUAAUGGAGGUUAACGCUAUGGUUAUUCCGUUGUCGAAUGGUAGAGAAAUUUGUGGCCUGUAUCCGAAGGGUUGUUUACUAGAGCACAACUGUAUGCCAAAUUCUUUUUACACCUUCGACUGCUCCAAGGGAAUGAAGCUUACAUUUAAAACAGGCAGAGAUAUCAAAAAAGGAGAACAUCUAACGACUACCUACACACAUUCGCUGUGGGGAACGCAACUACGCCGUGACCAUCUGAAGACAAACAAGUACUUUGCCUGCAAGUGUGAGCGCUGCUCGGAUCCUACGGAAUUGGGCACAUUCCUAAGUGCGUUGCGCUGCAUGGGCUUAGAAAAUGAGCCAUGCGGAGGUUUCCAGCUGCCGAUUAAUCCGCUUCGCGAAACGAGCAAUUGGCAGUGUAACCGUUGCCCAGUGCAAGUGACGCACGAUCAGGUCAACUUGCUAAUGUCCAAAAUUGGCGAAGAGGUAGACGAUGUGAUGGGACGCAAAUGCUCUGUAAAGGAGUUUGAGGAUCUCAUCUUCAAGCUGCAAAACUUUCUCCACCCGAAUCACUUUCAUCUGCAAACACUUAAGCAUUCUUUGAUACAAAUGUACGGACACUUUCCCGGACAUCGUUUGCACGAACUUUCCGAUAAGGUUUUGCAAACGAAAAUUCAAAUGUGUCGCGAGAUGAUGACGAUCAUCGAUGUGCUCGAUCCGGAUUCAUUUCGUUUGACUCUGUACGCGGGAGUUAUUCUACUGGAGCAGCAGGCCGGUUUGGUUGAACUGAACAAACGGCGCAAGCGGUCCGCAGAUACUGGGCCUAAGUCUGAAGAACUCGAUGAAGCUUUACAGUGUUUGGCACGGGCGAAAACUAUUUUGCAAAAUGAAAUGGGAACACUGCAGGGUAAAAAACUAAUGGAACAAGUAAGCAAUGCGUUUGAGUGUGUUAGUGCACUGAAUGGUACUGGUUAA